CGUUGCAGGAAGCACUUAUCGAAUAAAGUUGAUGUUCAAUGGACGAUCAGCAUCUCACACACCAGCUUCACACCAGUACACUUUAGACCAAUGCGAUGGCAAACCUAUUGGUGUUGAUGAGUGUGGUUGGCGUUUUUUGUAAACAUAAUUUUGUCCAUGCAGGAUUUACAACAACUAAGCUAGGCCCCCAGCCAAUAUGGAAUUCCACUCACACUGAUAAGUUAAGACAAGACCUCCUGCUUAACUAUGAUAAAUUUGCAAGGCCAGCGCAACACUACAACGUGACAACCGUCCGCCUGGGUUUCACAAUUAGACAUAUUGAACUAAAUGAAUUUAAAUCAUCUUUAACAGUUUAUUCAUGGAUUAAUCUGUCAUGGAACGACGAAAAACUCAAAUGGAACUCGUCAAAUUACGGCGACCUCACAGCUCUCAAUUUAGCUGAUCACGAAAUCUGGCAGCCAGAUAUUUUUUUAUAUAACAGCGCAACAAGCACGGCCAUUACGCAUUAUGGAAAUGUCCACUGUAUUGUUUAUGAGGAUGGCACCGUUCUGUGGGUUCCUCCUGCUCAAUUUACGGUUUUAUGCAACCUUAAUUUAAAAUACUGGCCUUUCGACAGUCAAGUAUGCAAACUUAUCUUGGGUUCUUGGACUUACAAUGGAGAUCAAAUUGAUAUUGAACUUUACAAAAAUCAAAAAGAAGCCGAUAUGGAUCUCCUCGUCGAAAACAAUGAGUGGAAUAUUGUGAAAACAUCUUUAACCAAAAAUAUGAAGUACUAUUCUUGCUGUGAAUCUCCGUAUCCAGAUGUGACUAUUGAACUAGUUCUUGAUAGAAUAUCACCGUCCUAUAAAGCUUUAAUUGUCACACCCGCUUUUGUUAUAAUAAUAUUAAUUUUAAUUAAUUUUUGGCUACCUCCACAGGCGGGUGAAAAAAUCGUUCUCAACGGAUGUACCGCUGUCAUUAUUUGUUUGUUCAUGCUAUAUUUUACACAGAAAAUUCCAGCUAUGGGGACACACACACCAUUAAUUGUGUUGUUUUACAGCAGUUGUUUGUAUGUUGUUGGAUUUUCUAUGAUAGCUUCUGUUAUUGUUAUCUGGUUGUCAAGAACUAAACACGGUUCCCCGCUGCCAUGGAUUAUAAAACAUCCUUUAACCGGUACUUUUGGCAAACUACUAGGACUGGGUACCUAUAUUCAGCAGUCGUCGAUUACCUCCCAUAGAAUAACAGCUGAAGAAAUGCGUGACCAUCAAGUAACAGAUUUUGAAGAAAAUAACAGUGGAGAUGAACACCAUAUCAUAAAAUCGUCUACAAAAAUGCCCAUACAACACGACUGGAUACUGCUAGCAGCAGCCAUAGAUCGACUUUCGUUUUGCUUCUUUUGUUUUCUUUUACUUAUUUUAACCAUUGUUUACUCCAUAUAAACCUGUCAUUUUCAAGUUUUUGAAACAUACAUUAUUGAAAACUAA